AUGUCGCACCGAAAGUUCGAGCGGCCUCGACAUGGAUCGUUGGGGUUUCUUCCCAGAAAGCGCACCAGGCACCACCAUGGCAAGAUCAAGAGCUUUCCGAAGGAUGACCAGGCGAAGCCGCCACAUCUCACAGCCUUCAUGAGCUACAAAGCAGGCAUGACACACAUUGUGCGAGAGGUAGAUAGGCCAGGCUCCAAACUGCACAAGAAGGAGAUCGUUGAGCCCGUGACCAUCCUGGAGAGUCCGCCAAUGGUGGUGGUUGGCUUUGUUGGCUAUGUGGAGACUCCCCGCGGCCUUCGUGCCUUGACAUCUGUUUGGGCUGGCCACCUGUCCGAAGAGUGCAAGCGCCGCUUCUACAAGACUUGGAAGGGCCGCAAGCACAAGGCCUUCACAAAAUAUGAGAAGCGAUGGAGCGAAGCUAGCAAGGAGGGCACCCCCAUGCAGGCUGAGGUGGAAAGGGCGAAGAAGUACUGCCAGGUGAUCCGAGCCAUUUGUCACACCCAGGUUCGCAAAGUGAAGAUUGGCCAGAAGAAGGCCCACAUCAAGGAGAUCCAGGUGAAUGGCGGCACCACCGAGCAAAAGGUGGAUUUUGCGAUGAACCUUUUUGAGCAGGAGGUGAAAAUCGCUGACUGCUUCAGCCAAGACGAGACAAUCGACAUUGUGGGUACCACCAAAGGCAAGGGCUUUAAUGGUGUGGUGACCCGCUGGGGAGUGACUCGAUUGGUGAGGAAGUCACACCGUGGCCUGCGAAAGGUGGCCUGCAUUGGAUCCUGGCACCCUGCUCGGGUUUCCUUCCAGGUGCCUCGCUCUGGGCAGCGAGGAUACCACCACCGCACUGAGAUUAACAAGAAGAUCUACCGGAUCGGCAAAUCCCUGAAGGAUGACCCGGCGAACGCUCGGACUGACAAUGAUCUCACUGAGAAGGCGAUCACCCCCAUGGGUGGCUUCUCCCACUAUGGUGAGGUCAACGAGGACUGGGUGAUGCUGAAGGGCACCGUCAUGGGCCCUCGCAAGCGCCUCAUCACCCUUCGCAAGUCCCUCCUGCCACAAGUCAGCCGCAAGGCUUUGGAGAAGGUGACCUUGAAGUUCAUCGACACCUCCUCCAAGUUUGGUCACGGACGCUUCCAGACAAGCGAGGAGAAGGCCAAGUUCUUCGGCGCUGCACUCAAGAAGGCCAAGACAGAGAAGGCUGAGAAGGCUGAGAAGGAAGAGGCGGAGCAGCUGAAGGCCGAGGUGCAGGCGGCGCAGUUCCGGGCCCAGCAACUUCGACUGCGCCUGCAGGCUCUGGGCGCCGACGCUUCCGUCGUGCCCAAGAAGAUCCAGGCCGGGAGCUUGGUGGAUCCCCAAUACGAGCUUCGCUCUCUCUAUGAGUGGCUGGUGCAAGCUGCCCACCUCCAGCGACAAGUGGUCUUUGAAUGCGGCAAUGGAGAGGGUGAAGUUCAAGUUGGAGGUCGCCGUGUAGUGCUACACCGCAUGGUGACCUGGCAGCUCGGAGAGUCGGGCUUGAAGCUUUCUGUGCCUCUGGAGUUGCAGGCCGAGAUCUCCAAGAUGCUGACGGACGCGCGGCGCAGAGGCAUUGACGAGGCAGAACUUCAGAGGCUCUGCAGCACCUGGGAGCUCCUGGGGGCCGAGGUGGUCUCCGCCAGCAUGGGUAUGCCCGAGCCAGCCAUCUUUUUGGUUCACCGGCAAACAGCUCAGGCUGUCGUGGUGGCAAAAUGGCCCGCAGUUGAAUUCAGGCCGCCGCCAAGUUUCGACCCGCAGACUCAUUUCAGGCGGCUUAUCUCCAGGUCUCCUCAGAAUGCCCAGCCCAUCGCCGGCGACCGUGUGGAGGUGGAGUACGAGGGCCGAUGGUUUACAGGCACUCUUCAAUCGGUAGAGGGAGAUGUCGUGAACGUGAAGUGUGAUGUCGACUCGCCGGGUGUGAUAACAGUGGCGCCUAUUGCAAGCGUGCGCCCAGCCCGGCGAGAGGAGAGAAGAGACGCCAGGCACCGCCGGGCAAGGUCUUUCAGCUGA